UCCUCCUCCUCUCCUUUCUCCACAUGAGAGAGCAACAGGUCUAAAUAUUGUCUGUGCACCGCCUCUUGUGGAUAGUUAGGGCCUGAAACACUGACUGAAUCAUUUCAUUGUAUUGUUCCUUAAUUUCUAUAAACAAGAGCAAUGGUAUUCCGGACAGUAGUACAGCACGCGAAGAGGCACCCUGGGCUCAUCCCCCAGUUCUUCGUCAUCAGUCUGGGAAUGAGCGCGGCCUCUCUGUAUCUGGUCCGGUUGGCUACAGGACCCCAUGUCAUCUGGAACAAGACCGAUAACCCAGAGCCAUGGAAUAAACUUGAUCCCACGUACCAGUACAAGUUUGUGUCCAUCAGCACCGACUACAAAAACCUAAAGAAAGACGGACCCGACUUCUAAAUCUCUUGCUGGCCUGAAAAUGUAACAGAGAAUUAUGAUCUAGGCUCAAAUCCACUCCUCCUUGAUGUCUUUACUGUGUAGGUGGAAGGCGAAAUGCAUUCUAGAUCUGGAUCUGUAAACCUUUAGUGUCUCUGUGACUGUGUGAUGUUUGCAAAGCAUCUAUUAAUCUAGUAAAUGGGACCAGCAUUGUCAAUGACCCUGAAGGCACAUAUACAUAUUUAAAAAGCUGAAUAUGUACUCCUUCCACAUAAUUACACCCAUGCUGAAACACAUGUGCACAUACUCACCAGACAGGUGGUAUUUUUUAGGGAUACUAUAUAACAGAUCAUUGUUUUAUUCACCAUGUUUUAGAAAUGUCAGUGUAUCAUUUUGAAUGUUUCAAGCAUCUAUUGGUUCAUGUUCACCUCUUGUCACAUAUACAAAUUAUUAUAAAAAAUUAUGAUCACAACCAAAAAAAUGAUGAUUAUGUUAGUCGGGGUUAAAAAAAGACAAGGAUGCAUAAACUGGUCUGAUUCUUUCAAUAAAGAGUGUGUCUGCUUCAUGUUUGGAUGAGAGUGUUUGUUGCCAACCUGCAACGUGACUUUCCUCACCCGCCUGCAUGGAACCGACUCAGAUACGGAUCUAAGAUCCUAAGAUACAAAUACACAAUCAUUACCUCUGAUGGAACAGAUCCAUCUGUUGGCAGUGCAGCUGUUACUUUUGUAGCCUGAUUGAUAUUUCAAGGACCACAUUCAGAGGUGUGUGAGUGUGUGUGAGUGUGUGCUGGUGUAUAUGCACCAGUGUGUGUGACAGCAGCCCUGUGCCUUAUUUGAUCAGCGACAGCAGCGGCAGGAUGCUGAGCAGUCUCGCAGCAUGGCGCUGAUGUAUGACAGCAUAGCACAGUGUGUACAAUCUAAGUGUACACACAAACAAAAACACACACACACACACACACAUCUGUCUCUCCCUACUGCAGACACAAGCAUACAAGGAUUGGACUCAUAGUAUGAGGUAUGAGGGAAUUAUUUUUAUUCAUGCUGGUCUUUAAAAGAAGGCAAAUACGAUUUUAAAAUAACCAAAAUCACCAUAAUUAUGUUGUACGAUGAGUAAUGAUGGUAAAAUAAAGAAUAAUUUGUGUGAACUUGU